AUGGCUGGCCCAAAGUCAUCCUCCAAAACGUCACCCACGUCCUCCGUCGCAGUUUUGACGUUGUGGAAAUCGUAUCUUGAUCAGACCCCCGACCGCCUCAAGUUCAUCGACGCAUUCUUGGCGUUCAUUGUGCUUAGCGGGGUGCUGCAAUUCGCAUAUUGUGUACUCGUUACGAACUAUCCUUUCAAUGCAUUCCUUGCUGGAUUUGCAAGUUCAGUGGGCCAGUUUGUUCUGACUGCAUCCCUCCGCGCACAAGUCAACCCCGAAAACAGAUCCGAGUUCAAGGAUGUCUCGCCUGAGAGAGCAUUCGCAGACUUUGCCCUUGGCUCCAUUGUGCUGCACUUCUUCGUGUUUAACUUCCUAGGAUGA